UCGCCUGCUUAGCCUUCGCCUCCGCCUCCGCCUCCGCCUCCGCCUCCUAUUUAUGCUAUAUAUAACACUUAGCUCUGGCCAGACGGGCGACUUGGAUUCGACCAGAGUCAAUGGGUGCGGCGUGUCGGCCUCCACGUCGUACUCAUCCGGCAACAUCAUCGGGUCGGGCACGGAUUCCGCCGGCAACUCCUACACUACCACCAGGACUGUCUUCGUGGCGCCGCUCCCCACAGCGACCUGCACUAUUGUGUAUUCUGAUUGCUGCAGAAUCAGCCAACUCGUAACUGGCGGUGAUGGUGACUUCAAGACCAGCGCACGGUUCACCACCACCACCCGCAACUCGCUGAAGACCGCCGCAGCCGCUGUGAUGCAAGUGGGCAAGGCCUCAUCGGCAGGGGCGUAUGCCAGUGUGCUGGUGCCUGUGUCCUCCGCCACCUCAUCCGGCUUCAGCUGCGCCAUCAACAGCGAUGGCGGCAUCACUCCGCCGUCGGAGCUGGCCGCAGCAGCCGUGGCGGGCGGCUGCCGCAUCGACUGGUACAACAGUGCGCGGUCGUACACGAACAAGAUCCCCGUGCCCCUGCGAGUGACCUCCACCGCGGAUGCGCACUUUGUGGACGCGGAUUUCAUCCUGGAGACUGUGAAUCUGGGUGGAGCGCCAGUCGUCGCCAUGUCGCGUUCCGGGCAAUCGCUGAGUUCCGGAGCUGCCCUGGCUUUCACGACUUGGACUCUGGCUCAGGUCACCUUUGUGGCGACUGACCCAAAUGCGGGCGCCUCCAUCUCGGUCACCAGCAGCGGGGGACUGCCGGCAGGCGCGGCCCUGUCCGCCAGCUCCGGCGCAGCGCCCUUCACCACGGUGUUCUCAUGGACGCCCACCGCAGCCUCCCCCAGCUCCGGCGUGGUGCAGCUCAUCUUCAAGGACAACACCAACCUGCAGGCCUCGGCGUCAUUCUCGUUUACCAUGGCAUACACUCCGGGUCCCCCAUCGCCGCCAGCCCCUCCCUCUCCUGAACCUCCCAGCCCAACACCGCCGCUACCACCACCACAACCGCCCAGCCCGGAGCCGCCUAGCCCGGAGCCUCCCACCCCCGCGCCGCCUUCUCCCGCCCCUCCCAGCCCCGCGCCACCGUCGCCGGAGCCUCCUAGCCCGGCGCCACCCAGCCCAGAGCCACCGUCGCCGGAGCCUCCUAGCCCGGCGCCACCCAGCCCGGAGCCGCCCAGCCCCCAACCACCGAGCCCUCCCCCACCACCGAGCCCUCCACCUCCACCACCUCCGCGCCCUCCACGCCCGCGGCUGCCUGCGCCUCCCAGUCCAGAGCCGCCUACCCCGGAGCCGCCGAGCCCACCUAGCCGAGAGCCGCCGUCACCGGAGCCGCCUAGCCCUGUGCCGCCAAGCCCCCAGCCGCUAGCCCUAGAGCCACCAAGCCCAGCCGUGCAGCCCAGCCCCCAGCUACCCAACCCAGAGCCGCCGAGCCCCGUGCCUCCGUCCCCUCAGCCGCAGAGGACGGUCGUUGUGAUAUCGGACACAUGCAGCGGCGCCGACACUGCCCACGUGAGUGGCUCUACCGUGUGCACGAAGCCCUCCGUCAUUCAGGAGAUUCCGCCCGGCCCUGUCAACUUGACGGAUGUGUACUCUGGUGCGGGCAUCACCCUCAUGCCCCUGACCAACGGCAGCAGCAGCGGGAACACCACCACCGGCUCCUACGUGGUGACCGCCUCCAACCCGGACGUGGUGAGCCCCGACAACAGCACGCAGCUGCUUCGCAUCGUGGCGGGCCUGGCCGGCAUUGACAACUGCGUGCUGGUGCCGCCGGGCCUGGUGGGCUUCAGCGGCUACUUCGCGACGCUGCUGGCCAACGCCUCCAUCCAGCUCUACACCGGGGGCAUGUGCGACUCGGGCACGGAGAUGGGCGGCGCGCUGGCCAUUCCCGCCGCCGCCACAGCAGGCGGCGCAACCAGCAGCCCCAGCCCGUCGCCGGCGGCGCACAGGCGCAUGCUGCUUUCGACUGCCAACUCCUCUGCAGCAGUAGUGCCUCUACAACGUCUGCAGGCGCCCGCGGACGUGUUUUCGGGCGGCCAUGUGGCAUUCAGUUUGCGCCUGUACGCGCCGCCCAGCAGUGCUGGUACCGCCGGCGAUACGUCCGUUCGCAACGCCAUCGUGGCAGAUCAGCUUGUGUUCGUGCUGCGCGCGCAGUCGCCGAGCCCGCCACCGCGGCCACCGGCGCCGCUGCCGACUCCAGUCGACGUGGUGUGGGCUGCGUUCGCAGUCGGCCCCACCGAUCCAGCUGGAACCCACACACAGCCCGGCGCCGCCAGCCGCUUGCUUGGUGAGCCCAGGGCCGGCGCUGCCAACAGUGCCAGCUGCAGCAGCGACUUGGGUAUGCGCUCCUGGCUACCGACAUUGUCCGCUCCCCGCUGGGUGGCGGUCCGCUUCGCGGCUCCCUCCAGUGCUGCCUCCGGUGGAAACGGCCCCGCCAUCCCUACCAUCCGCCUGUCUUCUGUGCGGCGGCUGGGCGUGUACGUGCUGAACCUGGGCUCCCUGUCGCCCGCCAUCACCCGCAUCGACCUGCUGCUGCUGCCGGAGGCGGAGGCGGCCAGCGCUGCCAACGCCAGCCUUGCGCCCGCGAGGCCGGGGUCUGCCGCCGGAGCAGCAGGCGCGCAGCAGGGGCUGCUGCCUGUGGCAGUGCCGGUGUACACGGGCAUCUCGGGUGGUAAGGCAUUGCAGUGCCCGGCGCUCAACUGGUUUGUCGUGAAGCCCAAGGCAGUGGCGCGUGCGGCGGCGAAGGCCGCAACAGCCUUGGGUGGCACCAACCGCCGGAGCGGCGGCGCGCAGGCGUGGGUUGUGGCCGGGGCACGUCUGAGUGUGAACAACGCGCCUGUGGCGGGGAGGCCGGAGCUGCCCAACAUACACGCCCUGGGGCUGGAGCUGGAGCGGGCCGUGUAGGCGGCCCCUCUGCUGAUGUGCAUGUUGGUGAACCACCUUGCAGUGCUGGAGCACGCUGCUGCUGGGCCCUCAUGUGGGUCAGGCGGCAGGCGGGCAACGGGCGGCGCCGCUUGCGCGGUCCGCACCUGUGUGCGCACAUCGUUGGCAAGCAUUAGGCACGUACGGUUAUGUGGGCACUGGGGCUGGGUGGGCAAGCCUAGGCGCUGGCUGUGCAGCCCAGGCGGCACGUCUGAGCGCAGGGGCAGCAGGAGCUGCGCUGCAGCCUUUUCAUGCGCAUGCGCUUACACAUCAAUGCAUCAAGUUAUCAUGGAGCUGAUUUCAUGGUACCUGAUGAUGUUUUACCACUUUACUUCUUCCAUUCAUUUGUGGGCCCUAUUUACCAUUCUGGAGGUUCUGCUGUUGACCACGCAUUUGCCCUGUCUAGAGUGCCGGUACAGAUGCAUGUGCUAGACUUAAUUGUGCGCAUGCAAUUACGAUUCCUCACUCGCGCGCAAUGUGUAGUAUUGCACUAUGCUGCUCUCCACGAACCACAUUACUCAAUAAGGUAAGCCCGCGUUGGCCCUGGAAACCUAAAUUAUCACCUGAGGGCGUGCAGUAAAGGCACCUCAUCACGAUAACCUCAUACACCCACGAUACUUAAAUUGAUUGAGUCAUACGAGUCGUGUGUGAGCGUCUGAUGCGCCCUAGGACCAUGCAUGUCGAUGCACUGAGACAGGCUGAGAUGGUACAAAUAAACACGUGUGAACUGUUGGGCAGUGGUGGCCAUUUUGGCCGGGAUUCUUCAAUCUGACGGCUGCUACUUAUGGCAAGCUGGUUUAGCGCUUCGGCCUGGCAGGAACCGGUUUUACGGUUGGCGCCGUCAUUACAUUGGAGUACACAGGCUGGUCGGAUGCAGGCGCUGUGCCGAUACUAUGCAUCAGGCAUGGUGAGCUUUUGGCCUAGACCAGGAGAAGACCAAAAGGCCGCGGUGUCUGUGGUGGGCUCGUGGCAGCGGCCCGGGGCCUGUUGGUCGCGGCCUGGGUCCCCAUGGCGGUGGCGCGCGGGUGCAGGGCCGCACGUGGCGGAUGUGCACAUGUGCGGGGCGGGACUAACGGGCGGGCGUAGCGGAACCCUGACCGGGAAACACCACGUGGUUGAAAAGCCGACCGCUGAGAUAGUUACGGUAACUGCCCCGGGAGAGCCGAGCACAGAAGGCAGCAUGAGUAGUGAUGAUGAUACGGUAUGUUACAGGAAGUGCGCAGGCCCUCUCCACGUAAAUGCCCGCGAGGGCUCCUCGUCUCUCCGGUCUGAUCCAGUGUGUGUUUCAUGCACACGCCGUAUUACAGUGCUUGAUUGACCUCAGAAGCUUAGUACGUCGUGUCCAGAUCUCACGCAAACAAACGGCAUGAGUAGUGCGUCUGUCCGUCUGUGCUGUGCUUUGGCUGCUGCCUGCUGGCACGACGAAGACGACGCCUGAUUGGCUCACAUUGGCUGCGCCAGCUCAAGCUGACCCCGGCCGGGAGACCUUUCAAAUCACAGGCCCAGGUUUUCGGUCUCAGAUUGUCCUCGUCUUCUCACGUUCUUUACCCUCCGGGUGCCCCCCAAUGGGUCGCGAGCUGGUGCCGUUCGAAUCUGCCAAGACUGCGAAGAACGGCCUCGCCACGGCCUGCACGCUGCGGCAGAUCUGCUCAUCUGCAUCAUCAUUUCGUCGCAUGUUUCAUGAGCUAUCCUUGAGCUAGUCAGCCUAGUCUGAGGUUUAAGGUGGCCGUUAGCGGGUGAUGAGGUGUGGUGUAGGCGUUGGUGCGUAGCUGGAGGUAGGAGGCGGAGGCAACCUGAGUUGACAAACCGUCCGGCAACUCCCGCGUCGACGAGGGGAGGCUUCGGCGGCCGAUAGCCCCCAUACACCCCCACAACGAUCCCAAGUGGUUGAAACUUGAAACGCAUAGGGCGAAGGCGGCCCCGUCGCUGGAUGGUGGCCGCUCCGUGCGGGUGGGGCGCGGACGCGCGGUGGACGAGGGGGGGGAGGUAAAACAGGCUGCGGCGUCUGUGGACAGGCCCAGAUGAAGUGGGUUCAGCCCGCUUUUCCCGUGCUUCUCGGGGAGCACCCAUCUGUUUGUAACUGCAAAGGAUU